AAUCGGCUUGAAGUAGUAGAGCAGCUCUCUCGUCUCCUCUCCAUUGUUGUUGGCUGAGUCAAUAGAAGACAAUGGCGGUUCCUGUAGAGGAAGCAAUCGCAGCUCUUUCCACAUUCUCCUUAGAGGAUGAGCAACCAGAAGUCCAAGGACCGGCUGUGAUGGUUUCAGCUGAAAGAGCAGCAACCGAUAGUCCCAUCGAGUAUAGUGAUGUUGCAGCAUAUCGAUUAUCUCUAUCAGAAGACACAAAAGCUCUAAACCAGCUGAAUACACUUAUACAAGAAGGAAAAGAGAUGGCGUCAAUUCUAUACACAUAUAGAAGUUGUGUUAAAGCACUGCCUCAGCUUCCCGAAUCUAUGAAGCAUAGUCAAGCGGAUUUGUAUCUAGAAACAUAUCAAGUUUUGGACUUAGAGAUGAGUCGUUUACGCGAAAUUCAGAGAUGGCAGUCAUCGGCUUCAGCUAAAUUAGCUGCUGAUAUGCAGCGGUUUUCCAGACCUGAACGGCGCAUCAAUGGCCCCACAGUCACACAUCUUUGGUCAAUGCUAAAGUUGCUUGACGUCUUGGUUCAGCUGGAUCAUCUUAAAAAUGCUAAAGCUAGCAUUCCUAAUGAUUUCUCUUGGUAUAAGAGAACAUUCACUCAAGUCAGUGCGCAGUGGCAAGAUACAGAUACAAUGAGAGAAGAGUUAGAUGACUUGCAGAUUUUCCUGAGCACAAGAUGGGCUAUUUUACUCAACCUGCAUGUUGAGAUGUUCCGUGUAAACAAUGUGGAAGAUAUUCUCCAAGUUCUCAUAGUCUUCAUCGUUGAGUCUCUGGAGUUGGAUUUUGCACUACUUUUUCCUGAGCGUUAUAUUCUUCUCCGAGUUUUACCUGUUCUUGUUGUCUUAGCAACACCAUCUGAGAAAGAUACCGAGGCUUUAUACAAGAGGGUAAAACUCAACAGAUUAAUAAACAUUUUCAAGAAUGAUCCUGUCAUUCCUGCGUUUCCAGAUCUCCAUCUUUCUCCUGCUGCAAUUUUGAAAGAGUUGUCGAGACACUAUUUGAUAGUCAAUCACAUUGGAGCUCUCCGUGCUGAGCACGACGAUUUUACAAUCCGAUUUGCUUCAUCCAUGAAUCAGUUAUUGCUGUUGAAGUCAAACGAUGGAGCAUAUACUGAAUGGUGCAGAGAGGUCAAAGGAAAUAUGUACGAUAUGGUUGUUGAAGGUUUCCAACUGUUAAGUAGAUGGACAGCACGCAUUUGGGAGCAAUGUGCUUGGAAAUUCUCUCGCCCAUGUAGGGAUGCAGGAGAGACUCCGGAAGCCUCCGGAUCAUAUUCUGAUUACGAGAAGGUGGUGAGGUUCAAUUAUACUGCAGAAGAAAGGAAAGCCUUGGUAGAACUUGUUGGCUAUAUAAAGAGUGUAGGAUCAAUGCUGCAGCGCUGUGACACAUUAGUUGCAGAUGCUUUAUGGGAGACAAUACAUGCCGAAGUUCAAGAUUUUGUACAGAACACGUUAGCCACAAUGUUGCGUACCACCUUCCGAAAGAAGAAAGAUCUCUCAAGGAUUCUUUCUGAUAUGCGGACACUUUCAGCUGACUGGAUGGCAAAUACCAGGCCCGAACAUGAGAUGCCAUCUUCACAACAUGGAAAUGAUGAAAGCAGAGGGAAUUUCUUUUAUCCGAGGCCAGUUGCCCCAACAGCAGCACAGGUGCAUUGCUUGCAGUUUUUGAUAUAUGAGGUUGUCUCUGGUGGAAAUCUGAGGAGGCCAGGGGGAUUCUUUGGAAAUAAUGGCUCUGAGAUUCCUGUUAAUGACUUAAAGCAAUUAGAAACGUUCUUCUACAAGCUCAGCUUUUUCUUGCACAUAUUGGAUUACUCGGCAAGUAUUGGAAUAUUGACUGAUCUGGGGUUCCUCUGGUUUAGAGAAUUUUACCUGGAGUCUUCACGUGUUAUUCAGUUCCCGAUUGAGUGUUCACUACCAUGGAUGCUGAUAGACUACAUUCUGGAAGCUCAGAAUUCAGGCCUUCUUGAAAGUGUUCUGCUGCCUUUUGACAUUUAUAAUGACUCAGCUCAACAAGCUCUGGUUGUUCUGAGGCAGAGAUUCCUCUAUGAUGAAAUUGAAGCUGAGGUGGACCAUGGUUUUGAUAUAUUUGUUUCAAGGCUCUCGGAGUCUAUAUUCACAUAUUACAAGAGUUGGUCUGCAAGUGAGCUUCUUGAUCCAUCAUUUCUCUUUGCCUUGGACAAUGGUGAAAAGUUCUCCAUCCAGCCUGUGAGAUUUACUGCGUUAUUUAAGAUGACAAAAGUAAAGAUACUUGGUAGAACAAUCAAUUUAAGAAGUUUGAUCGCUCAAAGGAUGAAUAAAAUCUUUAGAGAGAAUCUGGAGUUUCUUUUUGACCGUUUUGAGUCCCAAGACCUAUGUGCUGUUGUGGAAUUGGAGAAACUGAUAGAUAUCCUAAAGCACUCGCAUGAAUUGCUUUCACAAGAUCUUUCCAUAGAUCCUUUCAGUCUCAUGUUGAAUGAAAUGCAAGAAAACAUUUCUCUUGUCUCAUUUUCAAGUCGACUUGCUACACAGAUUUGGUCAGAGAUGCAGAGUGAUUUCCUACCAAACUUCAUUCUUUGCAAUACCACACAACGAUUUGUCCGUUCAUCGAAAGUUCCUCCUACUCAGAAACCAUCAGUGCCUUCUGCUAAGCCUAGUUUCUAUUGUGGCACUCAAGACUUAAAUGCAGCGCAUCAAAGUUUUGCACGAUUGCAUAGUGGAUUUUUCGGGAUACCACAUUUAUUUUCCAUAGUUAAACUUCUUGGAUCUAGAUCACUGCCUUGGCUUAUAAGAGCUUUGCUGGACCAUAUAUCAAAUAAGAUAACAACACUUGAGCCAAUGAUCUCUGGAUUGCAAGAAGCACUGCCCAAGUCUAUUGGAUUGCUUUCUUUUGAUGGUGGUGUUACAGGUUGUAUGAAGCUUAUACGAGAGCAACUAAACUGGGGCACUAAGUCAGAACUCAAGUCAGAAGUUCUACGAGGAAUAAAGGAAAUUGGAAGUGUGAUAUAUACAAUGGGACUUCUCGAUAUCGUAUUGAGAGAGGUCGACACAAAGCGGUUCAUGCAAACAGCUCCAUGGUUGGGAUUAAUCCCGGGUGCUGAAGGACAGAUAGUUAAUGCUCAAGACGGCGAAAGCCCUCUUGUCAAUCUCCUAAAGUCAGCAACUUCUGCAGUUGUGUCAAGUCCAAGUUGUCUUAAUCCAGCUGCGUUCUACACCAUGUCCAAACAGGCAGAAGCUGCAGAUCUUUUGUAUAAGGCAAACAUGAACGGGGGAAGCGUUCUUGAAUAUACACUUGCAUUCACAAGUGCGUCGCUCGACAAAUAUUGCAGUAAAUGGAGUGCUCCUCCAAAGACGGGCUUCAUUGAUAUUACAACUUCAAAGGAUUUUUACCGUAUAUACGGUGGUCUUCAGAUUGGAUAUCUGGAGGAGAUAACAGCUCCACAGUCAGCUCAACAUGAAGUCCUCGGUGAUUCGAUAGCUUGGGGUGGUUGCACCAUUAUUUACUUGCUCGGCCAGCAACUUCACUUUGAGUUGUUUGAUUUUUCGUAUCAAGUACUCAAUGUCUCUGAGGUUGAAACUGUCUCUGCUUCACAUACUCACAGGAAUCCUCAAAUCCAUCAGGGAUGGGAAGGUUUGUUGGAAGGGAUGAAGAAAGCUCGGAGGCUGAACAACCAUGUCUUCUCCAUGCUUAAAGCUCGUUGUCCGCUCGAAGACAAAACGGCUUGUGCCAUCAAACAGAGCGGCGCACCGCUGCCACGUGUCAGGUUUGAGAAUACUGUGUCUGCUUUCGAAACUCUACCUCAGAAAGGUACCGUUGGCUGAUGCAAUUUGUACAAGAACCAACCAGAGUGUUUUUAGUGGGUCCAUUUGGUUAGACUCAAUACCUUCCCAUAAUCUUUC